GAGGGCGAGAGGAAGAGGGCGGGAGCGCGAGAAGGAGAGAGAAAGGAGAGGAGGGAGGAGGCGCGCUGCGCCAUGGUGUCCUGCGCGGGGCCGGGGCCAGGGCCAGGGCCGGGCCAGGCCGGGCCAUGAGCCGCGCCGGGAGCUGGGACAUGGACGGGUUGCGGGCAGACGGCGGGGCCGCCGGGGCGGCCCCGGCCUCCUCUUCCUCCUCCUCCUCCGUGGCGGCAGCGGCGCCCGGCCAGUGUCGCGGCUUCCUCUCGGCGCCAGUGUUCGCCGGGACGCACUCCGGGCGCGCGGCGGCGGCGGCGGCGGCAGCGGCUGCUGCGGCGGCGGCGGCGUCUGGCUUCGCCUACCCUGGGACCUCUGAGCGCGCGGGCUCCGCCUCGUCGUCGUCCUCUUCGGCUGUGGUCUCAGCGCGCCCGGAGGCUCCCUCGGCCAAAGAGUGCCCUGCGCCCGGGGCGGCCGCUGCAGCGCCCCCGGGCGCCCCGGCUCUGGGCUACGGCUACCACUUCGGCAACGGCUACUAUAGCUGCCGCAUGUCGCACGGUAUGGGCUUACAGCAGAAUGCUCUCAAGUCGUCGCCGCACUCCUCGCUGGGAGGAUUCCCGGUGGAGAAGUACAUGGACGUGUCGGGCCUGGCAAGCAGCAGCGUACCGGCCAACGAGGUGCCGGCGCGAGCCAAGGAGGUGUCCUUCUACCAGGGCUACACGAGCCCCUACCAGCACGUGCCUGGCUACAUCGACAUGGUGUCUACCUUCGGCUCCGGGGAGCCUCGGCACGAGGCGUACAUCUCCAUGGAGGGCUACCAGUCCUGGACGCUGGCCAACGGGUGGAACAGCCAGGUGUACUGCGCCAAGGACCAGCCACAGGGCUCCCACUUUUGGAAAUCAUCCUUUCCAGGGGAUGUGGCUCUAAAUCAGCCAGACAUGUGUGUCUACCGUCGUGGGAGGAAGAAGAGGGUGCCCUACACCAAACUGCAGCUCAAAGAACUGGAGAACGAGUAUGCCAUUAACAAGUUCAUUAACAAGGACAAGAGGCGGCGGAUCUCGGCUGCCACGAACCUAUCCGAAAGACAAGUGACCAUUUGGUUUCAGAACCGGAGAGUGAAAGACAAGAAAAUCGUCUCCAAGCUCAAAGAUACUGUUUCCUGAUGUGGGCCAGAUUGGCCACAGAGGGUUUAAAUGCUUUCCGUUGUCUCCAAAAGACCUUUGGAAAGACUUGAAUAUGUAUUUAAUUCCCUCCACCCCCCUGCCAGUAAUGGCACAUUUUGUGAAUUGUUUUUCUCUCUUCCCCUUAUCUUGCUCUAAAACUUUUUGCUAUCCAACCUGACUUUGUAGUUCUGUUUCUGUUUCUUACUUGUUUAUUAUUGAUUUUGUUCUUUUCUAGGUUUGUUUUUUAUGACUUUUUAAUGUUCUGUUUCUCCCUCCAGGCCAGUAUAAAGGACUUGAAGUAUUUUUGAGUACCCUUCCCCGCCCCAAUGAAUUUCAGAAGUGACAUUCUGAUUUUAGGGAUUUAUUUUUUUAAAAUCACUUUAAAUGCCUGUUUCCAGCACUGAUUAUCUUCAUAAUCCAUUAGUGCAAAAAGUUUGUAGUCAUUCAUAUCCUGUGACUGGGUAAUUGAAUAAUUACCUCUCAGCAAUUGCCCUGAAGCAAGUGAAAACAGCUCUGGGCAGGCAGUGCUCUAGGGUCACUGGGAAUGUCUAAAGAGAGGAGGCUGGAGGUACUGUGAUGGCUUCAAAAGCCACCUUAUUAAAUAGAGUUUGUACUGAUAUUGGGAUGAAGACAAUCUAUUCGACUUUGGGUCUUUCACUUGCUGUUGUAGUUGUAUGUGUUUAAUACACCUUGUAGACAUGUGCUUUGAUAAUCUUUAAUUUGAAAAUAAUGUGUCCUCGUGGAUGCCUUUAUUACUCCAGCUCUAGAUGCAAAUAUUUCAAUGGCUGCAAUUGUCAGAGGUAUCUAAAUGUGGAUGACCUAAAUGCAACCCUCUCCUUGGCUUCCAGUCUAUGGGACUAGAAUUGAGGCCAUCUCCUCCAUCCCCAGAAAAAAAAAAAAAAA